AUGGAGACCAUCGAUCUCCCGCAUUUGCAGCCUGAGCUUCGUCUCCAUCUGGCGUUCUUCGCCGAUGUGAAAAACGCUGCCUUCCUACGGAAGCAGCUGCUCGAAGGCAACACGGACUUCGAGUAUGCAUUUCUCGAUUGCUCGCAGCUACUUUCGAGGAAUCACAUCCUGGCUGCUUGCUUUCGAGCUGUCAAUGAUUCCUUGGCGGGCAGACUGAAGACUCGCAAUGUACACUCUGAGACAGUCUUCGCACUGUCGCCAAACAACAAUAUUGCCGAAUCCUUCCGCCGAUUUGGCAUUUCCGAUGACAGCAAGCACAUCGUCGCCAUCAAAGUUGGCGGCGUCAUCGCUGACAUCGAAACGCACCUUGGAAAUUACGUGCAAGGCCAAAUGCUGCCAUUGACCGAUGCCGCAUUGGCCAAGGUGCACGACCCGGGUCGAAUCCGAAAGAUUUACAAGCUCACUGCAUCACAGAAAGGUCAAGAUGAUGUGGGUGAAGACGCAGAAGCGCUGAUCAUUGGUAGCAUAGCGCUGAAAGGUUCUUGAACGGAAUCACGUAGUUUCUAUAGAUAGCACAUGUUUCGUAUUAUCGCGGCCUCUGUUCUUCCCACGUGUGCUGCCUACAAGUCAGGUUUGACGUUGCUGCAGAAUGUUUCGUCGCCUGUUCUUGGUCGUCAGCGAUGUCCAUUGCAUUUGCUAUUCAUGCCUGUCCAGGUGUUCGUGGGCCAUGAAGAUGUUGCAGUGAUCUCAGAAUAGCUCUAUAUGACGACGGCGGCUUGGUGCAGCAGUCGUUGCAGUCGCUGCAAGAUAGGCCGCUCCACACGAACGGGGUGUUAUCCUGAUGUUGAUCCAUCAGGAGCAUCUCAUUGCAGGGGUAUGCGCACCUGCACGGAGUGAAAUGCAAGCACAAGUUCUUGGCGG